AUGGCUGUCAAACUUACUGCUAUCAACUCUUCCAAAUCCCCAGCUCCAGCAGCUCCAUACUCCCAUGCUAUGAAAGCUGGCGAUUUUAUCUACUUGUCUGGUCAAAUUGCUUUAACUCCAGAAAACAAGCCUGUUGGUGGACCAAUUGCUCAAAGAGCAACUCAAAUUAUGGAAAACAUUAAGUCUGUUUUAUCUGAUUGUAACUCCUCUCUGGAUAGAGUUGUAAAGGUCAACAUCUUCUUGACCGAUAUCAAUGAUUUUGCUGAAUUCAACAAAGUCUAUGGUACUUACUUUAACACUCACAAGCCAGCUAGAUCCUGUGUGGCUGUGGCUGCUCUGCCAUUAGGUGAGACAGUCGAGGUUGAAGUCAUUGCCGUCGAGAACGAAUAA